CUCUAAAACAUUUAGAUGCUAAACAUGGGGUCUGGCCAAUUCUCAUUUCUGCUCUUUCUUUGUUUCUGUCAGCUUUCUUUUUCUUCAUCCAUACCUCAUCUGUGCCGCAAAGAUCAAAGCUCCGCUCUUCUAAAUUUCAAGAAAACGCUUACAGUACAUCCCUACUCUUAUAUGAGUUCAUGGAAUAUGAGCAAAGAUUGUUGCUCAUGGCAUGGAGUCGUAUGCGAUGAGAUGACUGGGCAUGUUAUUGAGCUUGACCUCGGAUUCAGCCUUCUAGUAGGAAAGAUUGAUUCCAAUAGCAGCCUAUUCCAACUCUCUCAUCUCCAAAGGCUUGAUCUUUCUUUCAAUAACUUCUCUAAUUCUCACGUCUCCCCUGAAUUCGGCAGGUUUCCGAGCUUGAUGCAUCUUGAUCUUUCCAAUUCCAAUUUCGUAGGUCAAAUUCCUUCUGAAAUCUCUCAUCUUUCCAAGUUACAAUCUCUUCGCCUCUCCCCAUCAUUAGUAAAUGAUCUAGCAUUUGCAGCCCAUGAUUUUAAAUUGCUCCUUCAGAAUUUGACCCAAUUAAGAGAGAUUGAUCUUAGUCUCAUAAACAUCUCUUCCACCAUUCCUCCGAUUUUUUCUUCUCAUUUAACAACUCUGGAUCUGGGAAAUACAGGAUUGUAUGGGAUAAUACCUGAGAGUAUAUUUCACCUUCCCAACUUGGAAACACUCGACUUAAGUUACAAUUAUGAGCUCAGUGGUUGUUUUCCAAAGACCCAAUGGAACAGCAGUGCAUCUCUCAUAGAUUUAAAUCUCAAUUAUGUGAAUUUUUCUGAUAAAAUCCCUGAGUCUAUUGGCUAUCUAAAUUCACUGCAUUCUUUGUCUCUUGGAAAUUGCAAUCUUAGAGGGCCUAUUUCUGAAUCUCUUAUGAAUCUCACCCGCACAAAUUAUUUGGACCUUCGAUAUAACUCCCUGAAUGGAACAAUACCAUCAUGGAUAUUCUCCCUCCCAUCACUAAGUCGUUUAUUCUUGAGUUAUAACCACUUUUCUGGUCAGUUUGAGGAUUUCAAUUCGAAUUCACUAAGCUGGAUUGAUUUAAGCAAUAAUCAGCUGCAAGGCCAUCUUCCCAAGUCAAUUCAAAACCAUGUGAACCUAACAUAUCUUGAUCUUUCUUUCAAUAAUUUUAGUGGCCAUGUGGAUGUCAGCUUCUUUUCAGACCUCAGAGAGCUUUCGUUUCUUAGUCUUUCAUACAAUAGUAUCUCAUUCACUAAUGAAAAGGAAGUUAAAUCUACAUUGUCUGAAUCUCUUGGGAGCUUACGAUUGGCCGCAUGUGAAGUGAAAGAAUUGGAGUUUCUAAGAUCCGUAAAGCAGCUUUCUGUGUUGGAUCUUUCAAAUAAUAAGAUUCAAGGAAGAAUUCCUGAUUGGGCAUGGUCUAACUGGAUGUUUUCAUUGAAAUAUGUUAAUCUAUCCCAUAAUAUGCUGACGAGUGUGGAUUCAAUUCCUCUUCACACUGUACAUAAUAUUGAUAUACGGUCCAAUAUGCUUCAAGGUUCACUACCUAUUCCACCAAAUUCCACAAGAUACUUCUUCAUAUCCCAAAAUAAUCUCACUCAAGAAAUUCCUUCAUCUAUUUGCAGUUCGACAUCACUGAUAAUGCUAGAUUUGGCAAGAAACAACUUGAAGGGAGCAAUUCCGCAAUGUCUGGGUAAUAUCAGUACCCUCCAGGUUCUGGAUAUGCACCACAACAGUCUUUCAGGGACUCUUCCAACAAUUUUCAGCAAUGGAAGUUCACUGAGAAGCCUCAACUUGCAUAGCAACAAACUAGAGGGGAAAAUUCCUCGAUCUUUGGCCAAUUGCAAAGAGUUGCAGGUUCUUGAUUUAGGACAUAAUCAUCUCAACGACACAUUUCCCAUGUGGUUGGGAACUCUGCCAGAUCUGCAAGUUCUAAGCUUGAGAUCCAAUAAAUUGCAUGGGUCCAUUCAACCUUCAAAGAUUGAAAGUAUGUUUCCUGAGCUUCGAAUUAUAGAUCUCUCUUACAAUGACUUCUCCGGAAACCUACCAACGGGUCUGUUUCAACAUCUGAAAGCCAUGAGGACAAUUGAUCCAUCCAAGAAGGCACCAAGUAAUGGUUAUUACCAAGACUCGGUUAUUGUGGUGACAAAGGGAUUGGUGCUUGAAGUUGAGAGAAUCUUGUUUUUGUACACCACUAUCGAUCUUUCAAAAAACAAAUUUAAAGGACAUAUUCCUGGUGUUAUAGGAGAUCUCAUCGCGCUUCGGAUGAUGAAUUUUUCUCAUAACAGAUUACAAGGUCAUAUUCCAUCAUCAAUUGGAAAUUUAUCUGUAGUCGAAUCAUUGGACCUUUCAUUUAACCAAUUUUCGGGAGAGAUACCAGAACAACUUGCUUUGCUUACAUCUCUUGAGGUCUUAAAGCUCUCCCACAAUCAUCUUGAAGGAUGCAUCCCUAAAGGACCUCAAUUUGAUACAUUUGAGAACAAUUCAUAUGAAGGUAAUGAUGGAUUACAUGGAUUUCCUGUUUCAGAAGGUUGUGGAAGUAGCAGGAUGCCAGAGACAAACGACACAACACAUGUGCUGGAUGAAGAAAGCAAAUCUACAUUUCUAAGUGAAUUUAGGAAUGGGAUUCUUAUGGGGUAUGGGAGUGGACUUAUUAUUGGAUUCUCCAUAGCAUAUUUCAUGCUUUUGAGUCGAAAUUCCAAUUGGCUUUCUAGGAUAUCUGAAGAACUCGAAUACAGAAUCGGUAUGAGAAGGCGAAAGAAGCAGCGAGGCCAUCACAGAAGAUGAAAUAACUGAAUUGGAGAUGCAAUAUGAUUGCUUGAAGUUGUUUUAGAAUCUCUCAUAGACUCAUACCCAUACUUAACGUUCUCAACUUUGUAAUAUACUAAACAACAAAAUCCUUUUUGAUAAGAAAACAAAAAAACAAUAUCUUCGUGUCCAAAUAUCUUACAUUGAGUAUAUAUGAGUACAUAGUCUGAAUUCUCCAAAAUACACUAAAUAUUUAAUCGGAUUU